CUAACCCUGAGUGCAGGCUGCGUGGACCAUAUGUCACUGCAGAGUCCUGACACUGUGUCUGGCUCAGUAUUUAAACCCACUUCACUGACUGUGGCCUUUCUGCAUUCUGCGGGUUGUGUUUGUGUUUGAGGUGUGCGUGCGUGCGUGCGUGCGCGCGUGCGUCAGGGGCGUGGAGGUGGAGGGGUGUGUUGCAUCCUCUCACGUGACCAGCCUGUCUGUCCUCUCCUCCUCAGUCCGGAUCUCUUUGUUGUGGUUGCAGCUGCUGCUCUCUUUACGCACCGCGUCUCCGCUCCGCCGGAGCCUCGACCGCUUUAUUACCGCGCGGAAACGCUGCCGGAGCGCCGUGCUCAUCGCUCUUCCUGGGGACCGGGACGUGGCGGGUCGUUACGUGCGCGACAUCCGACGGAUAUCAGCUCAGAUCUGCCUAAAAAGACGCGGGGCUUCGGUGCGGAGGAAGGACGGAUGGCGAGGAUGCUGCCGCUGCCUCCUCUGCCUCUACCCUGGACAAACCGGACCGCCUCCGAGGUUUCUUGAACGCGGAAUCAGGCGCGGAGCUCGCUGCACAUUCCUCCAUCUUCAGCACAGAGCUCUCUCUGCUCUCCUCUCUCCAGGCUUCGCUGCCCUCCUUUCAGCGGGACACGGCGUGGGGCAGACUGGGUGUUUUCCGUUUGCUCGCCUUUUCACCUGAACCGAGAACCGAGCGAUCCGUCUGUCGGUGUCUGCAGGUCGGAUCAUUACCACCACCACCAUCAUGGUGUCAGGCCCUGGGAGGUGUCCCGGCGGGGUGGUCCGGUACCUGGUGUCCGCCUGUCUGCUGUCUCUGCUGCUCUACCUGCCGGAGGCUCGGGCGUCCUACUACCCUCAGAGCGGAGAGUGCAAAGGCAAAGGGAAGGACUGCACAGAUCUGUCAGAGAAGAAGAGCGACCUGAGGGUUUGUGAUGACUCCACCUGUCGAUUCGGAGGCGUCUGCAGAGACGACGGCGCUCAGCUCAAAUGUGUCUGCCAGUUCCAGUGCCACAAAAACUACAUCCCCGUGUGCGGCUCAAACGGAGACACCUACCAGAACGAGUGCUACAGGCGACAGGCGUCCUGCAAACAGCAGAGACUCAUCUCCCGAGUGUCCGACGGUCCCUGCUCCGCCGAUCCUGGCUCUGGUUCAGGAGACGGAGACGACGAUGAAGGCUCGGGCUCUGACGUUGGGAAGAAGUUCACCAAGUGCAGCACAUGUAAAUACGGAGCGGAGUGUGACGAAGACUCAGAGGACGUGUGGUGCAUAUGUAACAUCGACUGCAGCGGCCACAAUGAAAACCCAGUGUGCGCCACUGACGGAAACUCCUACAACAACCCCUGUCUGGUCCGAGAGGCGUCGUGCAUGAAGCAGGAGCAGAUCGACGUCAAACACCUGGGCAGGUGCCCCGCUGAUAAAGAAAAACUGGGAAAGAAAGACGACAGCAGUUCUUUCAAAAUAAAUGUCUUAGAGACCACGGGUCUGGAUCACGGUGACGGCUUCUAUGCCGGGAUGCCGAUCCCCUGCGCCGACAGCUACGCCGGCUUCUGCGUUCACGGGAAAUGUGAGAUCAAGUACAACAUGGCCACCUGCAGAUGUGAUGCAGGUUACAAGGGUCCACAGUGUGACGAGCCUCAGGACUUCAACAUCCUCUACGUGGUCCCCAGUGGACAGAAGCUGCACUACGUCCUCAUCGCCGCCAUCAUCGGCGCCGUGCAGAUCGCCAUCAUCGUCGCUGUGGUGAUGUGCAUCACAAGGAAAUGUCCAAAAAACAACAGAGGUCGCCGACAAAAACAAAACCUUGGACACUUUUCCUCGGACACUAACUCCAGGAUGGUAUAGCCGUGUUUGGUGGUGGUUGUUUUUGAUAAGUUUUUUUCUUACUGCGCGGGAAUGCCAUUUUUUAACAGUAGAUGUGUGAUAUUAAUUUUUUUUCUCCUGGGAAACCAUAAAAAAGAAGAAUGAGAAUAUUUAUUUAAGGGGCCUUAUUUUCUCUCCAUUGAUUUUAGAUGGAAUUGAUGCGCAUUUAUUCGUGCGGUCAUAAUUUUGGUUGUUUUGUUUUAUUUCUUUUUUUUUCCGUAAGACCAAGUACAAGGAGCCGAAUCGACAAAACCCGCUGUCACUUUCCAUCGUUACCGUGUGUGAUGUCUUAAUUUCUCUAACUGCUUCCUUCGAGGUUUCGUUGAAUGCUUUAUGGUUCCUCUGGUAAACUGGCUAACAGAGUAAUGUCCGCCCCUCGGGAAUGUGCUAUUUAUUUUUACGCCCUUCUCUCUUUCACUUUUUACUAAUAAUGUGCAGCUGAUCACCAAAUGCAGUUCGUUUUUAAUUUUUUGUAUUUUGUCCUCUUUGGUAGGAGGUGAGAAGGGGCCAGCCAGUGAUAUAGAUAUGUUUACACUUAUUCUUUGGUAUGAAAUUCUGUGUAAAGACUUCACUGUGUUUAAACAAGCUAAUAAUUUAUUAUUAUUCCUAUGAUUAUUUUUUUGAGGUAGUUUUUACUUAAAGUUUUUACGUUAACUUUUCUUGUAAACAUUGCUUUCUAAAUUCUAGUUCCUGUAUAUUCGCAUGACUUGUGAAACCUGUGUACUGUGGUGUAGUUUUAACUUUUUAAAAAGAAAAGCUGAUGGCUUUGACGCCGUCUCCAUCUCAGAGCCGCCGAGAUCCGGCAGCGGUGGAAAUCCCAAAGUCGGACGGAGGAGCGGAGGACGCCGAGCGGGGAGGUGUUAGUCUGUGUUGAUGAAAGGAAUGUGUAGUGUUUAAACUCUGCGGAGGACAGAAACAUUUGUAGACGUCUCUGACGGUGGUAAACUUUGGAGUAUGUUCUUCUAAAACCACUUUUGCUUUAAUGAGGAGCAGAUUGGUGUUGAUUGUAUAACGCUCAGACGCAGAAAUGAUUCUGCAUCUGUUUGAAAUUCUGAGUUCAGAGGAUCGUGACGGAACGGUGCCGACUGUUCGGGGGUUUGCAGGACUUGAGGUCAGCGAGAUAUUUUUCAUGUAACUGGACGAAGUCUUGGUUGAUGAGAAGCUGUAAUCAAGGAUUUUCUUUGAAUGUGAAAGAAAAAUGUUCUUUUCUUCCUUUUGUUUGUUUGAAUUUAGCCUUUGCUCCUCAGUGAGACAUUCCAAGCACAGAGAAUCCCUCAGUGAAAACCAUAACAGCUCUAUGGGCAAUAUUUGAAACAUACUUCAUGGUAAAGACCCCGUUUCUUUCUGUACGAAGGUGUGAUCAGACGCACGUCUUUGAGAUGUUGGUGGUUUGCAGCUGACUCUUAGUGUAAUAAUGUGAUGAAAUCUCAGCAUUAAACAGAGAAGACAGACCAAUACCCACAGCUGCUGUGACUUUAGGCAGACGAGAAACUUUCCUGCACAUCUGGUCAAACUGCAGUCCGACCACUGUCUCCAUGGAAACCGUGCAUCCAUUCAUGAAAAUGCCUUUUCUGUGUUGCGCCCAUGUGACCCUGACUUCACUGGAACACAAGCUGUUGUUCAAAGUCCCGUCAUGUCUUUGCGAUUUGUCAGAGAGUUGUAACUGCACUCCACCUGUUUUUCACCUGUCUGCUGAAACAUCACAAACUAACCAGUCACCACUGGUGGCGUCCAGCGAUGACGCCUGAUCACAAACUGACUGGUGUUCAUUUUCUGGAAAUGUAUCCUUCACUUCCUCCACAUCGCUGCAGCCGCACACUGUAUUUGCCAUGUUCAGUACGGGGCAGGUCAGAGACAUCCUGUCUUACUCAGUGGAGUUUUGUAUGUGAAGGCAGAGGUCGAGCUGUCACAGAGUUUUCCAGCAGCAUUUGAGCCUCAGCAUCACUCGUUCACGUCACAGUGGAUUUUCUCGAAGCGCAAGCUGCCAUGAAAAAUCAAAUCUUUAUCAGUAACAUGUACCUGCUGUUCUUAUUCUACAGCUGAUUUGUUCCGACGAUGUGAACACACAAAUUCUCCCCAGAAAAUAUUCAAAUCUUCUGUUUCUUGAACACAGGUGAGCAGUGUUUGAUGAAUCAGGACCUUCUGUGGCAAUUACCUAUGCAUUAACUCUACUGGGGGGAGGGAUGGGAGGAGGGACGGGAGGGGGGAGGGACGCAGCACAGGGAGCGAGAGGCAGCUGUCCUCUGACGGAGCUCACUGGCCCCUGAACGUCCGUUAGCUCAAAACAAAUUCAGUAAGACCAAUAAUAUGACUCAUUUUUUUAUUUUUAUUAUUAUUACUUAUCUUACCAGCUCACGAACAACAAAGGUAGAAGGAAAUCAAAGUCGAUUUGCUGUCCAGUGUAAGUUAGCACUGGUAACUGUUCUGUUUUACGGCUCUGUGUUCAUUCAGUAAUCGUUUGUGUUUCGUUGCGCGUGCGUGGUAGAGGCAUUGAUCAGCAGCAGAGGGUCCUGAUCCAGAACUGGAGUAUCUGAGGAGGAGGGAGUGAAGCUCUGAGGCUGUGCUCGGUGCUCGGUGCUCGGUGCUUCUCUGUGUGUUGAUAGUUUUUUUAUUUUCUGUCACAGGAGUUUUUCUGUAACGUCCACAGGUCGUAGGUCAGCCCCCGCCCCCUCCGCCAAGCAACGUGUUUCUACUUGUUGUCGACCAUCGCAGCUGUAACUUCUCUAUAUGUGACUAGAAUGUGUUUGACAUGUUAAUAUUCUGCAUGUAGACUGUGAGAGGCUAUUUUUGGUCUCUGCCAAAAUAAAAAAAUGGAAAUGUUUUUUUUAAUGUA